CGCCGCCCCGCCCCGCCCGGCCCCGCCGCGGGACGAGUAACGGUUACGAAGCACUUUCUCCGCCGCGAUUUCUGCUUAGUCAUUGUCUUCCAGGAAGCGGCUCCCUCAGUUGGGUGUCAGCUCUCCCGCGGCGGCCGCAGUCGCGGGAGCCGCAGCCAGCAGCGCGUCCUUCCCGGGCCGCCGCUCCGCCGCCCCCGGCCUCCCUCGGGCCCGAGCGCAGGCCGAGGUCCCGCAGCGCGGGGCGGGCAGCCUCGCGCUCAGUUUUCCAGCCUCGGGCCCCGCGUCCUGCGGGGCGGCCUCCUUCCCCGCCGGGCCCCCGCCGUCGGCCGCUGCCAUGGGCACCGACAGCCGCGCGGCCGGGGCGCUCCUGGCGCGGGCCCGCACCCUGCACCUGCAGACCGGGAACCUGCUGAACUGGGGCCGCCUGCGGAAGAAGUGCCCGUCCACGCACAGCGAGGAGCUUCGAGAUUGUAUCCAAAAGACCUUAAAUGAGUGGAGUUCCCAAAUCAGCCCGGAUUUGGUCAGGGAGUUUCCAGACGUCUUGGAAUGUAGUGUGUCUCAUGCAGUAGAAAAGAUAAAUCCCGAUGAAAGAGAAGAAAUGAAAGUUUCUGCAAAAUUGUUCAUUGUAGGAUCAAACUCUUCAUCAUCAACUAGAAAUGCAGUUGACAUGGCCUGUUCGGUCCUUGGAGUUGCGCAGCUGGAUUCUGUGAUCAUUGCUUCACCUCCUAUUGAAGAUGGAGUUAAUCUUUCCUUGGAGCAUUUGCAGCCUUACUGGGAAGAAUUAGAAAACUUAGUUCAGAGCAAAAAGAUUGUUGCUAUAGGUACCUCUGAUCUAGACAAAACACAGUUGGAACAGCUGUAUCAGUGGGCACAGGUAAAACCAAAUAGUAACCAAGUUAAUCUUGCCUCCUGCUGUGUGAUGCCACCCGAUUUGACUGCAUUUGCUAAACAGUUUGACAUACAGCUAUUGACUCAUAAUGAUCCAAAAGAACUGCUUUCUGAAGCAAGUUUCCAAGAAGCUCUUCAGGAAAGCAUCCCUGACAUUCAAGCACAUGAGUGGGUGCCACUGUGGCUACUGCGAUAUUCGGUCAUUGUUAAAAGUAGAGGAAUCAUCAAAUCAAAAGGCUACAUCUUACAAGCUAAAAGAAGGGGUUCUUAACUGUGACUUAAGAUCAUAACCUACUGACUUGUAUUUUCCUUAAAUAUAAGAUAAAAUUGAGAUGCGUAAAAAUCUAAUUACUGCCUGUAAGUGGUGUCACUGAGGCAGAUAUUCUUUAGUUAUAUUUGACAAUAUGUUAUCUGUCAAGUUUUGAAUACUUCUCUUGCCUCCAUAUCAGUUCACUUACAUGAACCACUGUAUUGUUUUCAUUAAACUAUUGUUUUCUAAUUGAAAUUGUCUAUAAAGAAAAUACUUGCAAUAUAUUUUUCCUUUAUUUUUAUGAAUAAUAGAAAUCAAGAAAAUUUGUUGUUAGAUAUAUUUUGGCCUAGACAUCAGGGUAAUGUAUAUACAUAUUUUUUAUUUCCAAAAAAUUCAUUAAUUGCUUCUUACUCUAUAGUAUAACUAAGCAACUUAGUUACAAUUGUUAAAACUGAAAUACUGGAAGAUAUUUUUCUUGUCAUUGAUGAUUAUUAUAUCUCAGAGUAACUGGAGUAGCUGGGAUCUACUAAUAGUGUAAAUAAAAUUCAUUUCUUCAAUACAUGAAUGGAAACUUAAAUUUUUUUACGUGUCCUUGCUUGUAGUUUACCUAUAACAAGUUAAUCUGUUAUUCUUGUGCCAUAUUUUCUCUUGCUGUUAUUUACAAAGACAAACCAAAGUAAAUCUGAAAAGGAGACUAGAAGCUUUGCAAUUAUUGUUUGGGGGUUUUUAUGAAAGCAACUAUUAUCACCUCCAGAUGCUUUUUAAUUCUUGAUCUAUCCUUAAUAUUUUGCUAUUCAGUGAAGAAUAUUCAAUAAGCAUUGAGCACUUACCAUGUGCUGGGCACUGUGGGCUCUGGAGAGAGGACAAAGCACAGGGAUUAAAAAUCAGUUGAGUAAAAUAUGUGGUAUUUGUUCCCCACUAGUAACUGACUAUAGGGACUAAAAGCCAGAAAAGGGGUGAAAAAAAGCUUUAAUUCAGGGCCAAUGUUGUCUAUUUAGACAACUUCAUUUGAGAUGCAGUCUUAACUAUUUAAAAGCAAAACAAUACAAUCAAAACUUUAGAACUAGAAGAGAUUAUAGAUCAUUUAGUAUAAUUCCUCUUUAGUUUACGAACCAGAAAAUAGCAAAUAAAUAAGCUGUGACCUUUGAUAUAUAUUAUAGGUCUCCUUAAUUCUAUAAAUUUUUAUCUGUAACCCAAAUAGUUUGAUAAAUUCUUUAAAAAUAUCUUGUAACUCAAUCAAUACUUCUAAACCAUGUAUCUUAAUACAUGGUUUAUAAAACUAAUUUUAUAUAUAUAAAUGAAUAUAUAAAUCGAAUUUUGCUCAAUUUUUUUCAACUUAGGGGAAAGAACUGUGGUUCCAUAUUCAAAAUAAAUACACUAGACUCUUUUCGUACCCUAAGUAAGGUUUUGUGGUUUACUAGUUGGAUAAUUUGAUCAUAAGAAUUGUAACCUGAAAUCAGCUGACUUAACGUGUUAAAACGUGUUUAGACUUGGAGCUUCCUAAAACCUUAUAUAGCCUUUAUAGUAAUUGUAUGUAAUGUUAUUAAAUGUAUACAGUUAACUUUUUAAUUUGGAAAUGUACCACAUUUUUUCAUAUAACAUAAGUCUUUAAACAAAAGUUCAUUUUAAUUUAAGCCUCUACAGUGAAUUGGUCAAGAUAUUUUAAGAGGAAACUUUAAUAUCACAUUUAUUGUUUUUUAAAACCCUGGACUUACAAAAAUAGAUUGUUUGAAGGGUUAUUUUGAAAACGGAAAAAAAGCUUAUGUUGCUAACGUAUCCAAACUUCAGCAGGAGCUCUUCUGUUCUUUUUUUCCCCCAUUCUUGACAAAGAAACAGGAUUAUAGAUUCAUUUUGUGAAGGGGAUCAUGUAUGGAAUUUUUAGAUGAGUUUUUUGUUU